CAAACUCACAUCCACCCCCGUUCCCACGGACACACCGCAUCUUCCCGCGGCGAAGGUCACGCAGCGCGGAGACGCACCCCCCCGGACGGACCGCAUUUCACCCCAAAGUGAAAACUCAGCUUUAAGGUGGGCCAGUGAUGCCACCCCCCACCACAGUUGCUGCAGUGCCCCCACCUGACGGUGGGUGGGGGUGGGCUGUGGUGUUGGGAUCUUUCAUCUCCAUCGGCUUCUCCUACGCCUUUCCCAAAGCCAUCACGGUCUUCUUCAAAGACAUUCAGAUCAUCUUCGAUGCCUCCUCCAGUCAGGUCGCGUGGAUCUCCUCCAUCAUGCUUGCAGUCAUGUACGCUGCGGGUCCCAUCAGCAGCAUACUGGUCAACACGUACGGCUGCAGGCCCAUCGUCAUGAUGGGGGGCUGCCUUUGUGCCGUUGGCAUGAUCUCAGCAUCCUUCUGCACCAACGUGCUGCAGCUUUACAUUUGCAUCGGGGUCAUCGGAGGACUUGGACUGGCCUUCAACCUGCAGCCAGCAUUGACGAUGAUCGGCAAAUACUUCCAGAAGAAGCGGCCCAUCGCUAACGGGCUAGCGAUGGCAGGCAGCCCAGUCUUCCUCAGCACCAUUGCACCUCUCAACCAGUACCUCUUUAAUCAGUUUGGAUGGAGAGGCAGCUUCCUCAUCCUGGGUGGGUUGCUGUUGAACUGCUGCGUGGCCGGCUCCCUCAUGAGGCCGCUCGGACCGCCACCCAGCAAGGUUAAGAAGGAUGAAGAGCUGGCGGUCAUCGCCACCACGACUGAAAAGCGCACCCUCUGGCAGAUAGUCAACAAGUACCUGGAUCUAACGCUGUUCAAACAUCGAGGCUUCCUUAUUUACCUUUCGGGCAACGUCAUAAUGUUCCUGGGUUUCUUUGCACCAAUUGUCUUCCUCGCUGCCUACGCCAAAGACAUGGGUGUGGAUGAGUACUCCGCUGCCUUCUUGCUCUCAAUCUUGGCUUUUGUCGACAUGUUUGCCAGGCCCACCAUGGGGCUUCUGGCCAACUCUCGCUGGGUCCGCCCCAGGAUCCAGUACUUUUUCAGCUUUGCUGUCCUCUACAACGGAGUGUGCCAUAUCCUUUGUCCGCUAGUCGAAAGCUAUACUGGCUUGGUAGUCUAUUCAAUAUUCUUUGGAUUUGCUUUUGGCAUGGUAAGCUCAGUACUGUUUGAGACAUUGAUGGAUCUGGUUGGAGCGCCGAGGUUCUCAAGUGCUGUGGGACUCACUACGAUUGUAGAGUGCUGCCCUGUUCUCAUUGGUCCGCCAUUAGCAGGGAAACUGGUAGACAUCACCAAAAAUUAUAAAUACAUGUACUUCUGCUGUGGUAGCGUCGUCAUCCUGGCCAGCAUUUGGCUUUUCAUCGGAAACUUCAUUAACUACAGACUCUUGGCGAGGGAGCGCAUGGAGGCAGAGAUGUACAAACGGACUGAGACCGAAGAUCCCGACCGAGUCCAGGGCAAGAAGGAGGCCGACGGCGCGGCGCAGGCCUCUGAGGAACUGUUUGACAAAAGCCAAAAAGACGAAGAGCCCAUGCAGAGAGAGACCAACAUUUAAAACCUUCUGCACUGCCAAAAGCUCACAACUCACCCAGCUGCAGCCGUUCAACCGCCCUCUGGUACCAUCCCAGCCAAGGGCUGCCUCCCAGUGUUGCCAAGCUCUGGUUGUGGCGCUCAUCGGUACUACUCUGAACAUAACUGCCAAAGCAACUCUUACGUUGUAGGAAAGGUGAGGCGUAUCAUCUGUUUGUUGGAGUGCAUUAGCUGUGACUACAAGAAGACUACACAUAAGAAGCUAAUUGUUAAAAUAUUCCCCAUCGUUUCCCUGCCACAUUAAAUUUAGAUAAGCAGUAUCUUUUCGGGGACACUGCAGAUAUGAGUGGUUCUACUUGAAUGUUUGUUUUAUUCACAAAAUAAAUGAAAAAAACAGCUGGCCCAGGUGCAGAUUUAUAGGAAUUAUCCCAAAUGUUUUAUUGAACAGAGCAAAAUUACAAAGGCAGCUUGAUAAAAAAAAUGUGUUUGGAGAAUGUUUGUGGCUUCAACAUCUCAUAUGCAAGUUUGCACUGCGGCUGAGUGAAAUUAAGUAAAAAAAAAAAC